AUGAUAGAAGUACAAAGACCAGAAACUCAGCUGUCGCUCAAGCAGCAACUAGCGCAGCGGCGCCGGGACCUCAAUGUCACCACCGACACCAUAGCCAGUGAAGCAGCGCUGCGCGAGAAGGAGAUACUGGAGGACUCGUUAUCGAAAUCACGUAGCUUAGAAAGCAGUAAACUUGUAAGCAGUAUGAUGCAGAGACGACAAGUGCGAAAACAAAACUUAGAUCAGAGUAUGGGUAAAAGUAUGAGAGGUGAUGGAGAAAUUCCUAGUAUACCCACAAUAAAUGUGGACGAUCAAGAUUUGGACAAAUCUCAAUUGAAACCUCUAUCUUCCUCAGUAAAUCUCAGUACAUCGAUACGGGAUCGGUUAAAGGACAGAGCUAAGAUUCAGCAAGAUUCUGCCAUGCAGAAAGAACCAGCUAGAAAGUUGCGUGGUCUGAGGAAUCGUGACUUACAAACGAGGUUUGAUAUUGAGUCUGAGGACAGCGCGCCUCCUGAAGAAAAACAUUCAAGGGAUGAUGAAAUAACUGAAGAUCAUACUGACUCAACUAACCAAUUGUCUACAUCCCUACGCUGGAAGAUGUUGGCUAAACGGGGCAAAAUUGCUGAAGAACCGGAAGAGAAAAUAGACGAGUACUCUUUUUUUACAAAAGUCUAUGAACCCGUUGGUGGACACGAGAAACAGCCCAAGAAGUCAGCCCUCAUAAUACCAGAAGUCGACGACACGAACUUUGCCCAAUACGACAGUUUGUACGUGGUCACAAAGCCAGAGUUACCGAAGCACAAUGCUUCCCCCAUAUUGUUUGCCCCCACCUCGGCACCUGCUGAAACAGUGACACUACACGGUGGUGCACCCUGCUUUCUUGACGAUGAGGGGAUUUAUGUUGGAGAACCACCGGGGGUUAACUCUAGUAACUGGAACAAAAUGGAGCAACGGCUUAUCCAAACUGAGAGUGGGAAGAAGUGGUUUGGUAUUGAUGGAAAUAUGAUUGUAGCUCCGGAUCCUCUGAAGCAGAUCUCCUCCCGUCCCAUGAUAGAUUUCGACGUGGACCCCACAAUUCAGAGAACCGCUAAAUGUAUCUCUCUUUCUCAGACUGGUAAGUUUAUUGGGGAGAGUAGUGUAAAUCAGUUGUCUGUUAGCAUCACCCAGGUACAAUUCUCUCAUCAUCCUCUCUUUUCAAAAGAACACGUGCUUGUGUCACAGCUGCGCGACUUACACAUGCAGUACACCAGCCGCCAGCGCCACAAUCUCGCCUCCCACCUGGGAGAUCGGCUUCAGUCGCUGCGGAACGCAGUUCAGGAGUUGCAGUACACUCUGGGAGCCAAACCUUGGGAUAUGAGCAAACCAUUCAACAAGGACUGUGUUGCAAACCUUGAGGAUUACAGCGAGGAGAUCAGGAAUGUAAGAGAAAUGUGGGAUAUUGAGUGUAUGAAGGAUAAAACCAUGAUAAGAACCAUUCUCACUGUUUGGAAAGAGAUAAAAACCCUUCGUGAAACUCAGGGAUUUAUUGCAACAAAUGCAAAGAUUCUAGUUUACAAAGAGCAAACUAACUUUGCGAAGGAGGACAAAGAAUGGCAGAAACAGAUCAAGAGCACAUUUGAAGAGAGCAAAGAGGAAAUGAUGGCUGAAUAUGACGAAAAAAUGAAAAUUCACUACAACGAAAUGGCUGAAUGGAAGAUGCAAGCUCGAGAAAUAAAGAAGAGGAUGAAAGCUAGUAAGAGUAAGGAAGUAAUAACAGAAGAAGGCGAGGAAGCUACGACGGGGGUUUUACCUCCAAAACCAGUUGCUCCAGCCAAACCCCAGACUAGCAGUUUGUUAAACGAAAUUCAGAGCAACGCUGUUAAAUGUAGGAAAGUUCCUGGGGAUCCCAUUCUGAGAAUUGAGCUGACCCACACUGUGACCAUUACGCCGAUAGAAGAGUGUCCACCAGUCGAGCAGAAACGUCGUAAAGAUAUCCUGAAAUCCUCGUGCUACGGCAAACUUUUCUACAACAACUCUGAAGUAACCAGGUCACCAAAUAUCAAUCUCACUUCUGAUUUCACUCUGAAUUUUGGGGAGAGUGUGUGUUUGCAAGUUGUUCACUGGCCGGAAAGCAUCAAGUUUGAACUUUGGUCCAUCUCAGAGAAGCUUUCUGAAAUAUUCCUUGUCAUACCACCAAAUGAUAGACAUACCGGAAAUGCUGAACUGGAUUCUUUGGAAUUCAGUUCGAGCCACAAAGUUACAUAUCCUAACUCAACCGCUGUUGGGAGUGGUGUUCCAGAAUCAGUCGAUGGAAAGAUUCUCCUGACCUCAGGAAAGUUGUUUGGAUCCACUGCAUGGGUUAAAGAUGCGAGUGGCAAGAUCCUCGCUCCUGUUCGUCACGACAUUGCUGCAACAUUCGGCCGUGCUGAUCCGAUCCAUGCUAUUGGCGCAAGAAGUUUGAACGACAUGGAGAAAGUAAUCCAAUGGAUUAGCGAGGCUAAACUGGACCCAAACGAUCCCCGAAAUGCUCCCUUGCUCCAUCUCAUGAACAGAACCAGGAAAGAUGCUCCAGGAGAUACAAAAUACUUCCGUCUUGACCACCUGGAAAAGAGCACAUAUUUCGUAUCUACCGAGGAGUUGGAAAACGACCGCAGAUUCAGCCUCCUGUCUCUCCGUAACCAGGGUGUCCCGGAAUACAAACCCAUGAAAAUGGUGCCCAUGUACUCCUCCGAGGUGACCCAUUUCGAGUAUGCUCAGACGGAGAAAGAAGAGAAAGUGUCGCUGAAAGAGGAGGGUGACGUAUUUGAGCACCACCGAGCAGCAGUGGUACGCUUCAUGCAGGAGAUACAGGAGAAGAUCGCGUCCAGGUCUCGGAAAGUCAGACCGAUGUUGGAGCUUUCUGAUGUUGUGGUUGAGGAUCAGGUUCCUGACAUCAGCACCCUUGGAAGAAGCAUCGCGAAACUUCUAGAACCAAGACAUCCACUGAGACCACAGCGGAAAGAGAGAAAGAAAGUCACAAACCAAGCUGUGGGUAUCACUAAGGUGGAUCUCCUCGUUAACGUUUCUCAAGCUCAAUGUCUACCUAUCAGAAGUAGGACCACAGCUUCGGAGCAAAGGAUGACUCUCGAUCCAAACACCGCUAGAUCCACUAUCCAACUCAGACCGUUUGUGGAGGUCACAUUCCAGAGACAGAGCAGUGUUACUCACGUGGCAGACGGUCCCAAUCCUCACUGGAACCAGGAACUUGUCCUUCCGUUAAACGUUAUCAAUAAUGAGUUCUCCGCAAGCAAUCUCAGAGAAAUAACUGACAUCGUUUACUUCAACGUCUUCGACGAGAUCAUAGUUGAUAUUCUGGCAGAUGACCGAUUGAGAGACACCAACAUUCAUCAGAGACUGGAGAGAAGGUGGCUUGGUAGUUUCCAGAUCCCAUUCUCAACCAUCUACAUCAACUCUCGGAUCGAAGGAAAAUUCAAGCUCAACGUCCCCUCAACACUGAUGGGCUACAACAAAGACCACGGCUUACUCCCUCAUCUAAUGACAUCUGACAUGUUGCUCUCCCAAACCAGCCUGACGGGUCAAACCGACAAAAACAGUUAUCUAACCAUAUUCAUAACAGUGGAACCACCACUAGCUCCACACCCAGCUCUCAGGGAGGUCUUUGAUACGAACGAGGAGCCCAGGUUGAUCAGAGCAGCUGCAGCUUGGGAGCUUCUCUACAACGGUGAACACGGAUCACGAAGUGUCAGGAGUUUAGUUACUGAUGUUAAUGGUAAGAGUGUGUUCAUCACGCGGUAUAUCGGACCUCAGAACCCUCCUAAUGAACUUGUUCCGGAGGAUAGGAAUAUGAGGAAGAGUCUGGUGGAACUGCAGAAAAUAGCCAAGUUCGUGUCCUUGAUACCAUACUAUCAGGACAGUAUCGCGUUCUCUGGAUCAUGUGAUAUCUGGGCGACAUCUGAGCUCUUCCUCAAGAUGCUAGCUGGAGACGAAGAGGAACACGCGAUCUUGCUGUGUAACUAUUUUUUGUACAUGGGUAUUGACUCGUACAUUAUAAAAGGUAUAGGUAUCCCAGAAGGGGAGACCUGUUACGUGUUGACCAAACAGAUGGAGGGUAAUGUUUUGUGGAACCCCUCUACUGGAGACUAUCACCCUCAGUCACGACCUUAUCACUCUCUGGUCAGCGUUCACUUCUGUUUUAAUAAUGAGAAUAUCUGGGCCAAUAUUCAACCGUACGAUGAUCCGGGCAGGUUAGAUUUCAACUUCAAUAACACUAAAAACUGGAAAACUUUCUUCGCUGGAAAAGAAAGCCCCAAACUGUCCACAGUUCAAGUUUCCAGACUGGAUUACACCGAGACAAACGUACCCGCCAUCCAGACUCUGGAGAGUAACCUGGAGAAGAUGCUAAUGGACAAGAUCAUGGAGUGGAGGGAGCGUCACGUGACCCGCUGGAACAGACACUGUCGUGUUGUGAUGCGCCAACUUCUACCCCAACUGGAGAUGGGGAGUCUGUCCGAGGAGGACCAGGUGAGCGCCAUGUCCGAGAUAAUGAGCUCCCAUAAUGUCACUGGGUUUCCUAUUAACAUGAGAUACUCAGAUGCCAGCACUAUUAUUGAGACUGUGUACAGUACUAAUGUCCAUGUUGCUGAGGACCCUACUGUCGAGUUUGCGCUGACUGUUUAUAUUCACCCUUAUGCUAACAACGUACUCUCUGUUUGGAUAUAUGUGGGAACACUCACCAAGAAAUAUUGAUUAUUAAUGUAAGUGGGUGUGUUGUAUUUGAUGAUUAUUUUGUUUUGUAUGUAUUCAGUAUUGAUAUAUUAGUUUUCUAGUGCUGUGGUUGGUUUGAAUAAUAUUGGUUAUGACUCUGAGUGUUCUUUUAAGCUUUUUUGUACUAAAUGUGCUAAUAAUGCUGCGAUUUUCUUGCCGUAAAAUAUUAUGAAUUUUACCAUAAAUCGGCUAACUAUUCUUAAGUUUUACCAAUGUAAGUGUUUAGUACGAUUUCUUUUAACACAAACCUUUAAUAUGACAAAUGCCGUGUACACUGUACAGGCUCAUUAUUUUAAAUGGUUUCCAUAUAUGGUAUUAACUUAAACUGCUGUAUAUAAUCCAGGUUUUAUUGGUGGUUUUAAAUACACCCUUUUAGGGAAAGUCGUAAAGACCCUACAGUUGACUCUGAUUUAAGAAAGCAUGGUUACAAAUGCGAAAUGACAAAGUAACAAUUAUAAAACUGAUUAAAUCUAAAUUGAUUGAAUCAAAUAAUUAGUAAAUGUUAUAACAUUCAACUUGAGCUGGGAUGUUAGUGAAAAUAUGCAAAUUUUUUUGCUUGACAAUCUAUAGAAUGAGUUAGCAGAUGCUUGAUAUGUUGAUUGCUUUUUGCUGACAUAGUGAUAUGUGUUAAUACUUGAUUUAUUGAGUUUUGCUGAGGACUGAUUUCGUUAUGCUCCGUUUUUUGACUUACUAUAACGUAUUAUUAUUUGAUAUUAUUCAGACUAUGAAAUUUAUUUACUUAC